GUGGAAACUGCGUGUACUACGAGUCCUGGCGCAAACUUAACAGCUGCAACGUUUGAUAGUUUCAAAAUGCUCGAAAAGGCGGAGCUGCCGCUUCAUAAAUCUCUGUUCUCGACGCUGGACGAUGGGAACGCUUUGGACGACAUUCCUUUUCUUUUUUCCCUGGAUGUCGAGUCCAUCGUUGAAUCAACCGCAGCGACGCAUUUUGCGCAGCUGCGGAUCCCACUAUUGGCCACUGUCUCAUCACUAGAGGUGAACAGCGUAAUGUUUAAAACUGCCUCAGGAGCAGCGUCACGCAAAAUUUACUUAAUGCUGCAACGCUUAGACUUCAACGAUGAGCCCGAAGGACCACCGGUUCCAAUCACCAUCACAGACGCAACCCAAUGCGCAGUGGCAGCUCGAUUCAAACUGAAGACAAACGAUCACGUUCGUCUGAUCCUUGUCCAAAGAGGAACCGGCGCUGGAGUACGUGAGAUUGUUUUUAAUGGGUUUCUUUUGCAAAGCCCAGAGAGCUUCGUAAUGUCGGUUGCACCACCAGCUGCUUUGACGUCGUGGACUCCUGGUUCGUUUAAAUUAAUGGAAGGUGAACGACCUGUCCAGACGAGAAAGCGAUCGCAUUCUUCCGAAAAGCAGCACCCGAAGGAUGACGAAGGUGAGGACGAAGUCCCGACGCUUAUCUAUGCACCUGUAAUUGGAGGGGAUGACGAGAGCUAA